AUGAUCCAAUGUGCUGACGUUGGUGUCGGUUUAUCUGGUCAAGAAGGUAUGCAAGCGGUGAUGGCUAGCGAUUUCGCCAUGGCUCGAUUCCGAUUCCUCGCAAAUCUACUGCUUGUCCACGGUCAUUGGUGUUAUCAGCGACUUGCGCAGACCAUUCUCUACUUCUUCUAUAAAAACGCUAUGUUCGUAUUCACCAUCUUCUGGUAUCAGAUUUUUAAUGGGUUCAGUUCACAAGUACCGAUUGAUCCUAUAUAUCUUAUGGUAUACAACCUGAUAUUUACAUCCGUUCCUGCACUUCUUUAUGGCUGUUUGGAGCAGGACGCUUCUGCGGACAUACUUCUGGACGUACCAAAAUUCUAUGAUCAAGGCCGACUAGGGAAGAAGUAUCGCUGGUACUCAUUUUGGCUGAACAUGCUGGACGCAGUUUGGCAGAGCGCCGUUGUCUACUGGCUGUGCCACUUUACCUAUAUUGGCACGGAUUGCGAUAUGUGGACAUUUGGUGUGGUAAUGUGCGCCCAACUUCUUUUCGUAAAUACCUUCCAUCUGUGCCUUCUUCUUCAGUACUGGACGUGGCCGAUGCUAUGUUCAAUGGUUCUGUCUGUUAUGUCGUUUUUCAUCUGCGCUCUGCUCUAUAAUGGUUUUGUAACUGCCGACUGGACGUGGACAAGUGUCAAAGACACUCCGGUGCACAUUGCCCAACACGCAAUGAUUGAUCCUCUAUUCUGGCUGGUGGUUCUACUGUCUAUUGUCUUGUGCCUGGUACCACGCUUUACACUGAUUGCCAUCACGAAUACGUUACGACCAUCUCGUGUAUUGAAACGACGACAACUGGCUAAUGCUGUUGACAAUAAACCACGCCCAUUCACUGCCUUUUCCUGCUGCAUACGGGUACUAUGCAACGAUGAGAUACGUGUAAAUAAAGCUGACGAAAUCACCGGUUCAAGACAUUCGCCCGCGAUAUGA